AUGCGAUCGUUGCUUCAGACAACUACUGCCGUCCUUGGCUGGACGGUAGCAGCAAAUGCCUAUGAAUUAACAAUAACUGAUAAGAAAUCAGUCGAGAGUGCGGCAGCCAAAGCAGCCAAGGGCUUGACAAGUUGGUACACCGGAAUGAACCCAGGCGACACAGCAGGAAACUUGCCAGACCCUUACUACUGGUGGGAGGCCGGAGCCAUGUUCGGUUCCCUAGUUGAUUACUGGUGGAUUACAGGAGACGACACAUAUAACGCCAUCACCAAGCAAGCCAUGAUCCAUCAGGCUGGACCAGACGGCGACUACAUGCCCGACAAUCAAACCAUGACCGAAGGAAACGAUGACCAAGGCUUCUGGGCCAUGGCCGCAAUGUCAGCAGCCGAGCACCAAUUCCCGAACCCCCCCGAGGACACCCCAGGAUGGCUCGCCCAGGCACAAGCCGUCUUCAACGAGUACGUCAGCCGCUGGGACGACGAGUAUUGCGGUGGUGGAAUGCGCUGGCAGAUCUUCAAGUGGAACACCGGUUACGACUACAAGAACGCCAUCUCCAACGGCUGCUUCUUCAACGUCGCCUCCCGCCUGGCCAGGUACACGGGCAACGACACUUAUGCAGACUGGGCUGGAAAGGUUUUCGACUGGCACAUUAAGGCUGGGAUCAUCACCGACAAGUUUGAAAUUUACGACGGUGUUCAUAUCGGCAAGGAUAAGUCCUCGGUGUGUGACGAUAUCGACAAGACUCAGUGGUCCUAUAACUCUGGUAUCUUUCUGCACGGCGUUGCCAACAUGUACAACAUAACUUCAUCUGACAAGUGGAAGAAGCGCGCCGACGGUCUUCUCGACGACGUCUUCAACAAGUUUGUCAAGAACGAGAUCAUCUACGAGCAGUUUUGUGAGCCGCACAAGCAGUGCAGUCAGGAUCAGCAAAGUUUUAAGGGAUACCUCGCCCGAUGGUUGGCCGCCACUACACAACUAUACCCAGAAACCAGCAGCAGAAUCAUGCCGCUCCUCAAGACAAGUGCUCAGGCUGCUGCCAAGGUCUGCACUGGCUCUGGAGACGGCUACAAGGGCCCCGCCGGUACAGCUUGCGGCUUUUCCUGGACAACAAACACUUUUGAUGGCUCUCUUGGUGUUGGACCCCAGAUGAACGCUCUCGACAUUUUCAUGUACACUCUUGUCGGCAAUGCAAAGGCACCCUACACAUCCAAGACCGGAGGAACAUCCAAGGGUGACCCUGGUGGUGGUAACACCGAUGCUAACGAUAAUGACGGAACGCCCAAGAGAAAGGCCAUCACUGGAGCCGACAAGGCCGGUGCUGGUAUCUUGACGUUUCUCUUCGUGGCUGGUAUCAUUGGAGGUGUUUCUUUCCUCGUUCUCGACCUCUAG